AUGGCGGAUGGGAAGGAAAACUGUCUGGAGGAACCAGAAGGGUCUGAGCUGUGUUGGGACCUAUGUGAGGUGGACGUCCUUCAAGAGCCAAACCCAACGGCACAGUGCGAGCGUGAGAGUCAACCACAACAAGCCUCGGAAGGACCAAGCAAUGACUCCCGUGGACGCCCGUCACGAAGAAAGGGUGGACGGCUGCAAGCCUGCAAUGGGAGCCGUGCAACAAAGAGGACCUACAGCUCCGGCAAGAGUGGGAAGAACGGUGCUGGGAAGGCAGAAGGGGCCAUGCACAAGGCCCUCUAUAGCUGUCUUGACUGUGGGAAGAUCUUCAGUCGGAGGUCCUUCCUCAUCCCCCACCAGCGCAUCCACACCGGUGAAAAGCCCUUCACCUGCCACGAGUGCGGGAAGGGUUUCCGAGUUGGGUCAGCUCUCAACAAACAUCAACGGAUCCAUACGGGCGAGAAACCCUACAAGUGCUCGGACUGUGGGAAGCGUUUCCGUCUCACCUCCACCCUCAGCACCCACCGGAAGAUCCACACCGGGGAGAAACCCUACGUCUGCCUUGUUUGCGGGAAGAGCUUUCGAUUGAGCACGUAUCUGCUGGCCCACGAAGCCACCCAUAGCGUGGACAACCCUUUUCGGUGUCUCGCGUGCGGGAAGAACUUCAGCUUGAGACGGUACCUGGCCAUUCAUCAGCGGAUCCAUACUGGAGAGAAGCCGUUCAAGUGCUCAGUGUGCGGGAAGGGCUUCAACCGGAGAUCGACCCUCAUCGUUCACCAGCGAGUCCAUACUGGGGAGAAACCCUACAAGUGCCCUGAAUGCGGGAAGAGCUUCAUCAUGAGUUCAGACCUCGUCGCCCAUCGGAGAAUCCACACUGGGGAGAAACCCUACAACUGUCUCAACUGCGAUAAAAGCUUUCGCUUGAGCUCCCACCUUACAAGACACCAGCGAAGCCACACUGGGGAGAGACCGUACAAAUGUAUGGACUGCGGGCAAAGCUACACAGACAACUCUGGACUCAUCAAACACAGGAAGAUCCACACCGGAGAGCGACCCUAUAGAUGCUCCAAGUGUGAGAAGACCUUCAGCCACAGCGCAACCUUACUGAAACACCAGCGAAUCCAUACAGGGGAGAGACCCUUCAAGUGCCCCGACUGUGAGAAGUGCUACAACGAUGGCUCGACCCUUCGAAGACACCGGAGGAGCCACACCGACGAGAAACCCUAUAAGUGUCCCAGUUGUGGGGAAUGUUUUGGUGCCAUCGCAGCUCUCCUGAAGCACCAGCGGUUCCAUACCGAGGGGAGACCUUACAGAUGCUCCGACUGCGGGAAAAAUUUCCACUCUAAUUUUCUCCUCGUCACCCACCAACGAAUCCACACGGGAGAAAAACCCUAUACCUGCCCCAUCUGCAAAAAAACCUUCCGCCAAGCCUCCCACUGUACAAGGCACCAGGAGAUUCACAGGAGGACCAGGGCUGGCGUUGCUUUGUGCGACGUGUCUGAGCACCACGUGCAGAAAGGAAAGACCCGUCACAGAGCGGGAGCGGAGGCGGGAUGUGAUGAUCAAUUAACGAGUCCAGAUGGUGCUUCCACAGCUCAACAAUAA